AUGGAUACUGAAAACUUUUAUGAGGUAAGUGAAAAAUUGAAUUUUAUAUUAUUUUAGGUGUUAAUUUUCCUUAUUUUACCAAGUUUUAGUCUGAAGGCCCUCUGGUUUGGUCGAAUAAUACAGAGAAGGCUCAAGAACGGGUCGAACCUUGUUUAGAAUUGCAAUUUGACUUCAGCCAAGAGCUUGCCGAACUACGCGCUGAGUUGGAAGGAUCCAAACAGAAGGAGGAACGGUUGUUGGAGGAGAUUCAGCGAGAAUUAGAUGGAGCAAUUGGGCCUGCUGGUAAGUGAUCUUCUUCUUGAUAUUUUCUGUUUUUAGGAAGAUGUUUAUGGGGGAUUUAUUGAGAUUUCGAUGGAAUUUUGUGAGAUUUUUGUAGUUUAGGUAGUCAUGGAUAAUAUCCGCGGGGUUUAGGCUAAAGUUCUUCAAAUUUUUUUGAUUCAAGAGGGUUUGCUAAGCGUGUAGAUUCUUUGAGAAUGCUCUUAGCAAAAAAUUGAGUUAUUUUGUUAUGAAUUUUGUUGUCAAAUUUAUCUUAACCAUGCCACAUGAUGGCUAUGGAUAAUAUUAGCUGUUUUUCGCCAAAUUUGUUAAACUUUCUUGUGGAAAUUAAUAUCUCCACCUCGCAGGUGGUUUAAUAGAGCUUCUCAAGUGCUUUUCACACCAUUAUCUUCCCUGCUUUUCAGUGAUUUUACCUCAUCUUCACCAUCCCAUUUCAGGUGUGGAGAAAUUUAUGAAAUCCUUCGAUCAAUCAGUUGCCCGAGUCUGCAGUCUCAACGAAUGUAUCAAAAGCGAUGCGAAACAGCUCAAUUCAAGUCUCCGCACAGUCUCGGCGCUGGCCGAUAACAUCAGUAAAAAGGUUGCAGUGCUGGAUCAAGCCAAAGGUCGUGUUGUGGAAUGCCUGCAACUUGUAAACGACCUUCGAGAUUUGCGAACAUGCGCUGAGGGAGUACAGAAAGCCAUGGCAGAGAAGGAUUACGAUGAGGCGGCGCAAAACAUCCAUCGAUUUUUGACAUUGGAUUCGGCUGUUUUUAGAGUCGGUGAUGUUGGAACAAAAGGUAAUUUUUCGAAUAUUUUUUGAUUUUUCGGAGUUUAGAACCUGGCCAAUCACUGAAACACAGCUACGAGAUUCUCCGAUCCGCUCAGUCCGAGCUCAAAGUUAUUAUCGAGCAGAAAUUUGACGAGUCUUUGGCCGCGGCCGACGAGAAAUCCAUCCAAAAGUUUUUCAAAUUGUUCCCAAUGAUAAAUGAUCAUUCUACGGGCCUCAAAAAGUUCGGCCACUACCUUAAUGGCAAGAUUGCCAACUCAGGUGAAGAGUUCUACAAGGUUAUGCAGGCCGGAGGAACCGACGACAAGAGGAUUAAUGUUCUCUAUGCUGACACAUUAACCUUGCUUUUGGAGCACAUCGCCCGACUGAUUGAGACCUACCAACCCAUCAUUGACAACUUUUAUGGACCGGACAAGCUUCUAGACUUGAUCGAAAUCAUCGAAGUGGAGGCGGAUCGGCAGGCUAUUAGGAUUAUCAACGCCUUCCUUCAGAAACGCCAGUUGGAUGAGAAAAUUCGGACUGUUGAUGGGUAUAUGAGAGGUGGAGGGAGGAGUGCUGGUAAGAGAUGGAGGUUUUGUUGAAUUUUGGGGAAGAUGGGAGGUAGAGAUGGAAGGGACUUUAUUUUAGACAAAAAGUAUUAUAUUACAGGGUCUUACAAAAAACGUGAAGGAAAGUGGAAGGCUAUAACGCAAAGACUUCGUAUUUGAAAUAUGUAUUUUUAAAAGACAUAAGUUUUUGUCUACGAAAUAACAAGCUUUUAAAGUGCAAACUGAGAUCGCUACGACCUUCUGAAGUAGAGGCAUCUCUACCCCGAAAACCAGGUUUUUUCGGUUGAAAAUGAUCGAGAAAUUUCGGACUUUGUCGGUUGAAAAUCAGCAGGAAAUGUCGGAUUUUUUGGAGGGUUUCGAUAUGGGUGAUGUUGAAAAAGAAGAGGAAAGUGCCAACGCUUGUAAUUUUUUCGACGUUUUCUUAAAGACUAUAUCAAGCAACCCCAAAAAAUCUAACAUUUCCUGGUGAUUUUCAACCGACAAAGUCCGAAAAUUCUCGAUCAUUUUAACCGAAAAAAGCUGGUUUUCGGGGUAGAGAUGCCUCGACUUCAGAAGGUCGUAGCGACCUCAGUUUGCACUUUAAAAGCUUGUUAUUUCGUAGACAAAAACUUAUGUCUUUUAAAAAUACAUAUUUCAAAUACGAAGUCUCUGCGCCGCCCACGCAAAUGCUUUUUUGGUCAAGUUUUUACCAAUUCAAAAGUUUUGUUUUGAGCGAAAAAACUGCUGUUUUUGUCUCAAACUUUCUUAAAUUUUAUUUAUUUAUUUAUUUUUUUAUUUUCUCCAGAAAAAAUUGAGCCUCGAGAUUUGGACGUUCUUUUGGCCGAGAUCACAAUCAUGCACACGCGAACCGAACUCUACUGGAGGUUUUUGAAACGUCGCCUCGGCGAAGCGCACCGCCCAUUAAGCGAGUCCGGCGAGGACGGCCAAUUAAGCCCCAAAUUGGCCGCCGAACUGCGCGACUCAGUAUUCGAUCUGGACGAAAUGACCGAAGAGCAGCGAAAAGAAACGGCCGAAAAGCAAAAGCAGCAAAGAAAAGAGCGAAAUCAGAAACUGGACACACUUUUGAAUCGCUCUCAACUCAGCAUGAGGAUGCAGGAAAUCUUGGGGAAAUACGUCCUACUAGAGCAAUAUUACAUGACGGAAUCGGUCAAAAAAGGCAUCGAAAUGGAGGAUGUGGAGGAAGGAGCACUCACCAGCUCCCUAUUGGACGAUGUGUUCUUCAUUGUACGCAAAAGCAUCCGCCGAAGCAUCACCUCCAGCUCGGUGGAUUGCGUCUGCGCCAUGAUGAAUAAUGGAUGCACGCUGCUGGAAACGGACUUCUUUUUGCAUAUUAAUAAGGUUAUCAAGGUGAGUGGGGAGUUUUGGGAGGGUUUGAGGGGGUUUUGAGGGAAGGAAUGGAUUUUUUUUUUUUUGGAUUUGGGAAAAAUGGGAUUUUUUUUUAUUUUUUGAAGAAAGUUUGUGUUUUGAGCCGGAAAUAAGUUGUUGAAUUUGAGCGAAUUAAGUAAAAAAAGUCAUUGAGAAACUUCGUAUUUUAAAAAUAUUCUUGAUAUUUUUUGUUUGGACAGUUUUUUUUUUAUUUUUUUUUGCCUUCGGAUAUUAUCCAUGAGAAUUUUUAGUGAUUUUUUGGAAAAUAAUCCUGAAUAAGGGUUUGUUUUGUGACUGAUUUUUGUUAUAGACAUUGUAGGAAUUACUUAUUUUUAUUUAGACAUAGAUUUGAUAUGAAAAUUUUAAGUUUUUGGAUACCAAAUUUUGAAUUUUAUAUUAUUUUAGGUAUAAAUUUUUUUUUAAUUAAUUUUUUGUUGUAAUACUUUGUAUUUUAAACUUUGAUGAUUCCAGAAUGGAUAUCCGAGUGUUGGAUUUGCCGCCGAAGCCUAUCAAACCGCCCAGACUGCCUAUAAUGUCCUACAACAUGGAAAAUCGGUAGCAGAAGCUGGCCCUGAAUCCCAGCGAACUGCCUUCAUCUUAGCGCUAAAUAACAUGGCUGAAGCUGUCAAAUUUUUGGGGACGCUGAAACAGGGAUUGAGAGAUGAAUUCGAACGACAUAUGGGAACGUUGUCCACCAAUGAAAAGAAUAAAUUGGAAAAUUCGGUGGCUCAGCUGGAUGACCUGGCCAAAAAAUUUAGCCAAAGCACGAGCAUUGGCAUCGGGAAGUUGGUGGAUUCGGCGUUUAAGCCGAAAUUGAAGAGCAAGUAAGUGAAUUUGAAGGUUUUGGGUGUUGUAGUAGGGAUGAAUUGAUAUUUUUUGAAUUUUUUGGGGGAAAAAGGCGUAGGGCGUGGAUGAAGGUUUCCCAGAGAAGAGAAUAUGCCAUAAUAAAUAUGUCUACCAUAAAUUUUUGAUAUAUUACGCACAGUUGAACUUCUGAAAAUUGAUAUAAAGGAGGUUGAAAAAGUUGUUUUUUAUAUCUUGAGUCAAGUGUUUUAUGAUCUUAAAAUGUGUCCAAGGGACAUUUAGAGUGUUUGUUGUCGAUUUAGAGCUUCUUUGAAACACUAAUGUACGAAGAUGCCACUUUUUUUACAAUUUUGGAUAUUGCACUAGGCAAAAAUUGAUGAUUUUUGAAUAAUUUUUGGGAUAUUUGAGUACAUAUUGGUUCCGAAGUUAGUUAAUAGGAUAUUACAAAUAAUUACAGGCCUUGAGCAUUUAGUUUAUGGUCGAAAAAAAAAUUUUUUUUUACCAAAAAUUUUUUUUUUACUUUUUGAUAGCAAAAUUUUUCAAUUGAUUAAUUUUAAUACUUUUUUUUAAAGUUAGAUUAAAUUUAAUGUAUUUCCAGCGCCGACGCAUACCUCGGAUUCAACCACGAACUCAGCGACGACGAAUUUAUGGACUUUGAAAUCAACGAUCCAUUCAUGGCCAACUUUAUAUCCCAAUUGGACAAAUUGAUUGCGCCAUUUGAGAAAUUGUUGACGGAAGAGAAUUAUAAUGUAAGUUGGGGAGUUUAGGAGAAGUUUGAGGGGGCUUAAAGGAAAAAUUUUUUCAAAAAUUGAGAUUUAUCGAUAUUCUCCUUGAUAUUUUUAAUGAAAAUUGGGUGAAAUAAGGUAAAAUUUGAUUUUAAAUUGAUGGUUUUGGAAUUUUAAAGAAGCUUUUGGAUGGAAAUUGUGGUCUAACGGCUUUGAGGAAUUUGUUUAGCCUCUUUCUGGUCCAAAUUUUUGAUUAUAUUAUACUUGGUAGUGCUGAUAAAAAAUUGAAAUUUUGACGCCGAAUUUGAUACAAACCGACUAUUUCUGGUAUUUUCAGGAGCUGCUUGGCGCAGUAAUGGCUGAAACGGCCCGCCGACUCGAAGCCGUCCUCCUCCAAAUCGACCUCAACAGAAACGGCGCCCUCCAAUUGGACCGAGAAUUCAGGGCCCUAACCGAAUAUUUCACAAACAUUGGUGGGUGGGCGAUACGCUCAAAAGCUGUCAGAUUGUCGCAAAUUGUGGGGCUUUUGAAUCUGGACACGGUGGACGAAGCUGUCGCUUAUUUCCAUGACUCGGUAGCACAUCAAGGCCAAACUUUGACCUCAAGCGACCUCAAAAAGUUCCUCAAAUUGAGAACCGACCUCCCCACGGACAAAAUAAAUCAAAUCAAAGUGUAA